GAGAGUCAGUCCCACAGUGUUUUCUCGGCAGAAGAGUCCAGUCUGGCUGCUUCAGAGGAGACCCGCUAUGUCUGGUGCAGGUUGACAAUCUGAAGAAGAAGCAGUUCAUUUCCAUUUUAUCCAAAACGUGGAUUGAUGGACCUCCAUUAUGGCAAAGUGGACAUGAUUCUACAUUCAGCAGCUGUGGCACAAUGUCGAAUAUGAUUUACCUGACUGCCAUAAGCAUUUUACUGUUUGGGGCUUUCGUGUUGUCUAACGGCAAGUAUGAGAGGUCAGCGGUGCCGAGCUCAGCCUCUCGCCUGGUGGCGAGGAUGGACGGGGAUAUUAUAAUCGGUGCCCUCUUCUCUGUUCACCACCAACCAUCAGCCGAGAAGGUGGCAGAGAGGAAAUGUGGAGAGGUCCGAGAGCAGUACGGCAUCCAAAGAGUGGAGGCCAUGUUCCACGCCUUGGAUCGGAUUAACUCGGACCCGAACCUGUUGCCCAACAUCACCCUGGGCUGUGAGAUCCGGGACUCCUGCUGGCAUUCGUCGGUGGCUCUGGAGCAGAGCAUCGAGUUCAUACGAGACUCUCUCAUCUCCAUCCGGGACGACAAGGACGGCUCCAGGUGGUGCAUCGAGGGGGUUCCCUCCAGCCAGCCGCCAUCAACCAAGAAGCCCAUCGCGGGGGUCAUCGGGCCCGGCUCCAGCUCAGUCGCAAUUCAAGUUCAAAACCUCCUGCAGCUGUUCAACAUCCCGCAGAUUGCCUACUCUGCAACCAGUAUCGACCUCAGUGAUAAGACAUUAUUUAAGUACUUCCUCAGGGUGGUGCCCUCAGACACUCUUCAGGCCAGGGCCCUCCUGGAUAUCGUCAAACGGUACAACUGGACCUAUGUGUCUGCAGUGCACACAGAGGGUAACUACGGUGAGAGUGGGAUGGAGGUGUUCAAAGAGCUCGCCUCACAGGACGGACUCUGCCUCGCCCACUCUGACAAGAUCUACAGCAACGCCGGGGAGAAGCACUUUGACCGGCUGCUGAGGAAGCUGCGUGAGCGUCUGCCUAAAGCCAGAGUGGUUGUCUGCUUCUGUGAAGGCAUGACGGUCCGAGGGCUGCUCAUGGCCAUGAGACGGCUCGGAGUAGCUGGAGAGUUCCUCCUAAUUGGCAGUGACGGCUGGGCGGACCGGGUCGAGGUGGUGGAGGGAUACGAACAGGAGGCCGUGGGCGGCAUCACUGUGAAGCUGCAGUCUGACGAGGUCUCCUCCUUCGAUGACUACUUCCUGAAGCUCAAGCUCAGCACCAACACCCGCAACCCGUGGUUCUCCGAGUUCUGGCAGUACCGCUUCCAGUGCCGCCUUCCCGGCCACCCGCUUGAGAACCUGAAUUAUGCGCGAAACUGCUCAGAGGAUGAUGAUCUAGAACUCCAAGACGGUUACGAAAGUCUGGAGGACAACUACGUUCAGGACAGCAAGAUGGGCUUCGUCAUCAAUGCCAUCUACGCCAUGGCCCACGGGCUGCAUGACAUGCAUACUGUUCUCUGCCCUGGUCACGUGGGGCUCUGUGAGAACAUGAAGCCCGUUGAUGGCAGCCACUUGCUGGACUUUCUCCUCAAGACGUCCUUCACGGGUGUUUCUGGAAAGGACAUAUGGUUUGACGAGAACGGCGACUCACCUGGGAGGUACGAGAUUAUGAACUUCCAGCAUGUGGAGCCGGGUGUUUAUGACUACAUCAACAUCGGCUCCUGGCAUGAGGGCGCACUCAGUCUGGAUGAUGAAUUGAUGCAGAUGAACCGCAGUGACAUGGUCCGCUCAGUCUGCAGUGAGCCCUGCUCCAAAGGAGAGAUCAAGGUGAUCAGGAAGGGAGAAGUGAGCUGCUGCUGGAUCUGCACCGGCUGUAAGGACAACGAGGUCGUCCAGGACGAGUUCACAUGCAAGGCCUGUGAGCUGGGCUGGUGGCCAGACGAAGAACUGGAAGGCUGUGAGCCAAUUCCCGUGCGCUGCCUGGAGUGGAGCAAUCCAGAGUCUAUUAUCCAGGUGGUUUUCUCCUGCAUGGGCAUCCUGGUCACGUCAUUUGUUGCCUUCAUCUUUGUCUUAUACCGUGACACGCCUGUGGUCAAAUCCUCCAGCCGGGAGCUCUGCUACAUCAUCCUCGCAGGGAUCUUCCUGGGCUACAUGUGUCCUUUCACCCUCAUCGCCCGUCCCACCGUGGCCUCCUGCUACCUCCAGAGGCUGCUUGUCGGACUCUCAGCCGCCAUGUGCUACUCCGCCCUGGUAACCAAAACCAACCGCAUCGCCCGUAUCCUGGCAGGCAGCAAGAAGAAGAUUUGCACCCGGAAACCGAGGUUUAUGAGUGCUUGGGCUCAAUUGGUCAUUGCCUCCAUUCUGAUCGGUGCCCAGCUCUCUUUGGAGGUCACCCUCAUCAUCAUGGAGCCUCCUGAACCCAUCAAAUCCUACCCCAGCAUCAAAGAGGUCUUCCUCAUCUGCAACACCAGCAACGUGGGUGUUGUGGCUCCUCUGGGCUACAACGGCUUGCUGAUCAUGAGCUGCACUUAUUAUGCCUUCAAGACCCGCAACGUCCCUGCAAAUUUCAACGAGGCCAAAUACAUCGCCUUCACCAUGUACACCACAUGUAUAAUAUGGCUGGCGUUCGUGCCAAUCUACUUUGGCAGCAACUACAAGAUCAUCACCACAUCUUUCUCUGUAAGCCUCAGUGUGACUGUAGCUUUGGGCUGUAUGUUCACCCCAAAGAUCUACAUCAUCAUUGCCAAACCUGAGCGGAACGUGCGCAGCGCGUUCACCACCUCUGACGCUGUGCGCAUGCACGUCGGCGACGGCAAAAUUGCCUGCCGAAGCAGCAGCCUGCUCAACAUGUUCAGGAGGAAGAAGAACACUGGAAACGGCAGUUCUAAUGGAAAGUCUGUGUCAUGGUCUGAACCAGGUGCAAGACAUCCUCCAAAAGGGGAUCACACGUGGCACAGACUGUCAGUGCAUGUGAAGAGACAGGAAGCAGGUUCCAAUCAGAUGGCUGUCAUCAAACCCUUAACUAAUUCGUACCAAAACAGAGCCCUGGACUUCUCCGACCUCAGCACUAAGACCCUGUACAAUGUGGCCGAGGAGGACGAGAGUGACCUUAUCAGAUACAACCCCCCCAUCACUCCCCCCAUGAUGCCCCACGGGCAGAUUCCUGCCUGUGGACUGAUGAAAGCCGUGGAGGAGGUGGAGCUCUAUACACCUCUGCAUCUGCAGUCAAAUUGCAUCAUCCCCCGAUGCGUCAUCAUGGACCACCUGCAGGAGGAGGUGCUGGUUGGUAAAUUCAACAUUGAUAUACCUGAGCUUGAUGAUAUGAUUAGCAUGCCUGAGGCCGUGAGCGGCGGCAUGCCUGUGUACCACCAGGCCCACCUCAUCCAGCAGGACCCGGUCCUGCCUCUGUACCUGGACCCGUACGACGAAGAGCCCACUUCCCCUUUAGAGGAGGAUGAGAUGGACCGUGAACAGUUUGGCCUUCUCCACGGCUACAUGUACAACAACGCCCAGAUUCACAACGAGGAGGACUUGGUUGAGGUCAAAUUAGCAUUGGAGGGUUCUCUGGCACUGAUGCCUCCGUCCCCUUUCCGAGAUUGCGCUGCUCCUCCAGCGAGCGCCUUUCCCAAUUCGCCGGUUUCCGAGUCGAUUUUGUGCAGCCCAACAAAUGUGACAUAUGCCUCUGUCAUCCUCAGAGACUACAAGCAAAGCUCCUCAACUCUGUGAGGGUGCACACUUAGUAUUACCAGUUGUACUAUAUUGUCAAGUUUCUAAUGAUAUGUGCUGAAUAUGAUGAUAUAGAGAGAAAAGUCAUUCUGUGGUCUGACAAGUCAUUUUUCACUCUAUAAUUAAUAGCUGUUACAUGAUAAGGGUGAACAACAAGACGCCACAUUUUAAAAUGAUUUUUGAUGUUGUCUACAAUAGCUAUACAAAAUAAUUAGCUUAUUACAAACAUAUAUUUAUGGGCGAACAUAAGCUUAUAGGAUAAUAUAGAUUUUGUGAUUAUGAGAAAAACAACCAAGACUCUAUGUAUGCACUCACUUUGAAUAUAAAUAGAUUUAUUUGAGAAAUGUAGGUGACAUAACAAGCAGGUGAAUAUAUGUUGUAUGUAAUGCAAAACAAUCUUAAUUGUCAACAAAAGAAACUGGAAUAUGUUUUGUGUAACACAUUGAGUGUUUUGUGCUUCAUCAGGAAUGAAAAUGGAGAGGUUUAAAGGAAUAGUUUGACAUUUAGUAAAAUGCACUUACUUGCUUUGUUGAAGAGAGAUCAAUUCCACUAAAUCCGAUAAAGCUACAGCUAGCAGCCAUUAGCUGAGUUUAGCAGAAAGACUGAAAAUGGGGAAACGGCUCGCUUAGCUCUGUCCUAAUAGUUUUUACACUUUUCGUACGGAUUCCAGAAAUAUGAUAUUAAUUAAUGAGCUUUGUGCUUGUAGGUAGAUUUUGUGACCUUUAAACAGAGCGAGGUUCACUUUUUCCCUUGUUUCCAGUCUUCAUGCUAAGCUAUGCUAACUGCUUGUGGAAGCUUCAUAUCAACUGUACAGAUGUGUGACCGGUAUAAAUCCUCUUUUCUCACUUUUGUGGCAAGAAAGCAGCUAAGUGUAUUUCCCAAAAUAUUAAACUUUUGUUUUGAGGUAGGACAGCAGAACAAAAAUGUUGAGGUAUAAAAGUCGACAUGUUAACGUGAUUUCUUGGUGGAAAAAAAGCAAUUAUCUGUGGAUUUUUGAUUGAUACAGAACUGCCAGGAGAGUGCACUGACUGUCACGAAUGUAGCAGAGGACAAGUUCAAGUGCCACAUUUUCAGUACGAAUUUUUCUUUCUUUUGUACAUUUAUCUCAUUUAUAUGGUCUUCAAAUGCAAGUUAACUAGUUUCAAAUUUAUAUCUUUUAUAAUUAGACAUCUGACUUCAUAAUUGUAUAGAUUUAUGCAAUAGAUAAAUGACCUAACAUUAUCAUAUGUUUUGUGAAUGUAUGAAUUGUGGAUCAUAUUUUGAUAUUCAGGUGAUAUCUAUAUCAAUGUCAAUAUUAGAAAUACUUUAUUAGCUGUGUGUGAUUCUCUUGUGUGAUUGGUUGUGUACACCAAUCAAUUCCCUAAAUAUUAAGAACCUAUUAAAUCUGUAUAAUGUGGUGAAGUGCUACUGUAACCAUUAGUAAUAUUCUGAAUAAGCUUUCUGCAGCCUGACAGUAUCAAUUAAGUCUGCCCUUUUAAACAAAUAUUGUAGAGCAUUUAAAAGGACACUUGUUUGAUUGGGGUGAAUUAAAUAUUUUUUAUGC